AUGGAUGAGAAGGUCAAACAGCACUAUUUGGCUGACUCACCUCCUACGGUGGUUCGCCUUGAGAUCAAACACCACUUUGACAAUCUCAAGGAUGCAAAGCUGAGACGAUAUGCGCACUACAUAAGCAGAGCGGCAUUUGAAGGCACUCGCGUUACUUUGCGCCAGGUUUCCCCCGAGUCUGAACCGAUCUACGAUCUUAUAAUCGCACUCUACCACGCCUGUGAUGGAAACUGGACUGACCUCGCUAAAACGACCAAUGUAAGCGACGAGAAUUUGCGUUAUUUCUUGGAGUAUUCGGUCCAGUUUCUCGGGAAUUGCGGGAACUACAAAGGUUUUGGUGACUCCAAGUUCAUUCCUCGACUACCUGUGGAAGCCUUUCAAGCGUUGGCCUCAUCCACCUCAGAAACAAAAGCAGCAUUUGAGAAAGCCAAUAGGACUGGAGGUGGUAUUUAUGAGACAAAAGAGCAGGCGCUUAUGCACCUUGGUUAUACAGAUGGUGGCCAUAUGACUACUUAUUACCCUGAUUCGCCAUCCAUAACGAAAGAUGAGAUCACAGCUAUUGGCGACCUUAUGGAGAAAAAAGGGCUACCUCUGGAGAAUACAAGACUUAAGAAGUUGCCAUCCGGGGACUUUGAGUUGUUAAUUGCCUCGGGCGUUUCUUCUCCUCCUGUGAGGGACAGAGAUCUUGGUGAAGUCGACGCUUUAGACUUGGAUGGUAACUUGACUGGAAAGAAGUUGCGCCUGGUUUUUGGUGAUCAUAUAGAGGAAAUGGCAAAGAUUGCCCAUUCGAUUAAGCAAGCGGGACGCAAUGCAGCAAACGACAACCAGAAACGGAUGUUAGAUGCAUAUGCCUUGUCAUUUGGUGCCGGCUCCAUUGAAGCCUUCAAAGAAAGCCAGCGGAUCUGGGUGAAGGACCAAAAGCCAAGUCUGGAGACCAAUAUAGGGUUUGUAGAGACUUAUCGAGACCCGCAUGGAGUGCGAGGAGAAUGGGAAGGCUUCGUUGCUUUAGUUAAUCUAGAACGUACCCGAGCAUUCGGAAAGCUGGUGGAUAGUGCAGAGAGCAUGAUUCCCAAGCUUCCAUGGGGCAAAGAUUUUGAAAAGGACAAGUUUCUCAGCCCAGACUUCACCUCGCUGGAAGUCUUGAGCUUUCAAUCUUCCGGCAUACCUGCUGGCAUCAACCUUCCCAACUAUGACGAUAUCCGUCAAAACCUAGGUUUCAAGAACGUAUCUCUUGGAAAUGUGCUUAGCGCUAAAGCCCCUAAUGAGCCAGUUCCCUUUAUUGCCGAGAAUGAUUUGGAGGUUUACCGCAGAUGCCGUGACCCCGCUUUUGAAGUCCAGGUAGGCAUCCAUGAACUUCUCGGGCAUGGAACUGGCAAGCUUCUCCAGGAGACCGCCCCAGGGGAGUAUAACUUCGAUAUUUCCAACCCUCCUGUGAGUCCAAUCACGGGAAAACCGGUAUCUACAUGGUACAAGCCUGGCCAGACCUGGAGCUCGGUUUUCGGAGCCAUCGCUUCUUCUUACGAGGAGUGCCGCGCAGAGUGCGUCGCUAUGGUGCUCAGUUGCGACUUUCACAUCCUGAAGAUUUUUGGGUUCGGGAACGGACAAGAAGAUCUCACCAACGAGGCCGGGGAUGUCUUGUUCGCAGCAUAUCUGCAGAUGGCUCGUGCAGGCCUGAUCGCCUUGGAGUUCUGGGACCCCAAAACUCAGAAAUGGGGGCAAGCCCAUAUGCAAGCUCGCUAUAGCAUUCUGCGAUCAUUCCUUGAUGCCGGUGACGAUUUCGUCAAACUUUUCUAUACCAAAGAAGAUCUCUCUGAUUUGGAGAUUCAUCUGGACCGAUCGAAGAUUCUGACACACGGGCGUCCAGCCGUGGAGAAAUAUCUGCAAAAGUUGCAUGUCUACAAGAGUACUGCGGACUUUGAAGCAGGUAAGAAGCUCUAUGAUGAUAUCACGUCGGUCGAUGAGUGGUGGGGGACCAAAGUUCGUGAGGUUGUUCUGAAGAACAAGGUCCCACGUAAAGUGUUUGUCCAGGGCAACACCAUCCUAGAUGGGGAUGAAGUGACCCUUAAAGAAUAUGAACCGACGCUUGAGGGAAUGAUCCAGAGCUUUGUUGAACGCAAUGCACACAAGUACAAAUCCCGUCCCUGUAAUCUCGAAACGACUCCCGACACCUUGCCGUGGCAAUCGGGUUCUCCUGGCUCGCCUACCACGGCGCGGCCGCAUCAUCUCCCGGAUUCUACAGUGGAGGACGACGACGACUUCUAUACUGCGCCGCCGCCGCAUUCCCCAUCCUCACAGGCUUCCUCAUUUAGCUUUAUCUCAGCACAUCCUCCGCCAUUCUUGUCUCUUGUGUACCAUCCUGGAGCUGAUUCCAAUCGCGCCAAGGUUACAGUUCCCGAAUCCGAGCCGGCUUUCGUCUCGCCGUUCACAUCUCCAUCCUCCGAAGAAGAACCACCGAAUUCAGAUUCCUCAUCAUCCGUGAUCGCAGAGUCCAAAGAUACCUUUUCCAGGGAUCCCAAAGAGUAUUCUCCGGGAAGGUCAGCGGAAGAGGGAGAACCUCCUCCCCCGUACACCGAAGGUUCGAGUCCCAUAAACUCAUUCACCUACGUUAUGGCUACGGCAGGAGGCGCGUCGAGUAUCAUCACUCAAGUACAACAGGCGGGUGGACCACCGAUAAACACUUUAGGAGACAUUGGAGGCGAUGAACAUAUAACUCUGGACCUCAGAGGAACAAGGUUCACACUCUCUCGGGAUGAACUGUUAACACUGCCGGAGUUUGUCCUUUUAUCGCUGUUUCCGAAUGGUUUACUUCCAGAUGGACACAUGGGCACCUUUCACGAAGGUGAUAUUUACCCCGUCGAUUAUGAUCCGGUGUCUCUCCAGUACAUGCUUGACUUCUUCCGCUCCGUCGCUCAAUCCAUCCCGUCGUCUCCUACAGCCUCGACAUCGCAAGACCUAGACGUAUCCCCCGACUCCAUGCAAGGAUCGACCAGAGACAUGCUCCAGGACCGGGCAGGGAUCAUCGUGCUGCGGGAAGACCUUGAUUUUUAUGCAAUUCCUCCACGGCCGGAUAUCGAUCACACGGAAAUGAUCGAGGUCAAGCGUGCAGCUGCAAGAGCGCUACUGAAACAAGACGGGAUCUUCUCUGGAUUAAGGAAGAGUGAUGAGGCUGGUUCAACAGAGCAGCACUUGAUCGAGAUGCUGACUGCAGGCGGCUUUGAUCGUGAUGACCGGUGGGGUCACCGUGCCCCAGAGCCCAACAAGGCAGUUAUCUGUAGCCUCGCAUUGGCUAAACUCCGUACUGAUAUCAGGGGUGACAUCCCCAAUAACAACGCAGUUGGCAUGGCCCAAAAACUCCUCUUAUUUUGGAGAAAACCUGCUAGAAGAUGCUGGUGGGAGGGUGUUGAGUUGGAGAAUAUCGAAGGCGUUCAAGGCAAGGUGAAAAUCUGGAUUCGCAGAGUAUGGACUUUAGAAAUGAGUGUAAUUGGGCUUCGAUAA